GGUGUCGCGCAGCCCGACGGCGGCGGCGGCGAGACCCAGGCGCGCACCGCGAUGGGAUGGGGCUGCUCCGCUGCUCGCUCGCUCCUGCCGCCGCCGCCGCCGCCGCGCCUUUCGCCCCGCCAGCCGGCAACAUGACUCCCCUCGACGGGCUGUGCCAGGAGGAGCGGCUCAACGCCACCGGCGCCAUGGCCCUGCUGAGCCCCGCCGUGGCCAAGGAGAAAUGCAACGGCACGCUCCGCGGCGAGGGCGGCUGCGGCUCCGUCUCGGUGGUGUUCCCCUUAACCAUGAUGAUCACGGGCAUGGUGGGCAACGGGCUGGCCAUGCUGCUGGUGUACCGAGCCUACCACAAGAAGGAGAACCAGCGCAGGAAGUCGUUCUUGCUCUGCAUCGGCUCGCUGGCCCUGACCGAUCUCACCGGGCAGCUCUUGACCAGCCCCAUUGUCAUCGCGGUGUACCUGGCCAACAGGAGGUGGGAGGUGGUUGACCCUUCGAGGCACCUGUGCACCUUCUUUGGCUUGACCAUGACUGUCUUCGGGCUCUGCCCCCUCUUCAUUGCUAGUGCCAUGGCCAUCGAACGGGCCUUGGCCAUCCGCGCCCCCCACUGGUACACCGGUCACAUGAAGACCCGGGUGACCAAGUCUGUCCUCCUCAGCGUGUGGCUGGCGGUCUUCGCCUUUGCUCUCUUGCCCGUCCUGAGCAUUGGGAAGUAUACACUCCAGUGGCCGGGCACGUGGUGCUUCAUCAACAUGAAGGACGACCAAGGCUCCCGGGUGGGCAAUGUCAUCUUUGCUUCCACGUUUGCUUUCUUGGGCCUCUUCUCCCUCGCCAUCACUGUGGUGUGCAACAUGUCGACCAUCGUUGCGUUGGUGUGUCGGUGUCGGUCCAAAAGCUCAGCAUCUCAGUCCCGGAGGCAGUGGGGCAGAAUUACCAUGGAGACCUUGAUCCAGCUGCUGGGGAUCAUGUGUGUCCUCCUUGCCUGUUGGUCCCCACUCUUGAUUAUGAUGUUGAAAGUGACCUUCAACCAUGCCGCAGUGGACAGAUGCAAAGAAUCCUGCAACCAAACCCAGAGCACCGAACUGCAGCCGGAGUGCAAUUUCUUCUUAACUGCUAUCCGCUUGGCCUCCCUGAAUCAGAUCUUGGACCCCUGGGUUUACCUGCUGCUUAGAAAGAUCCUCCUGCAAAAGUUUUGCCAAGUAGCAAAUGCCAUCUCCUGCCACUCUCAGGAUGGAUGGAAAGGGCGUCACUUCAUGCUAUCAGACAAAAUCAGACACACAGCAGCAGCAUGAAGCACCUCGCAUGCCAACAACUUUCCUCACAUCUUUUACCUUACUGUGAAUAUGGGCAUGCAACACUUGCUCAUUUCUCUCUGUAAGUUAAUUGUGGACUUAAAAUGGCAGAUGGUUAUAUUUUCUUUGUCUGCCAGAAAUAGUUAAAUUAUAAAGAAAUGGACAUACUAUUUUUUUUAAAAAAAACCCAUACUCGUUGUUUGUCUCUUGGAAAUUCAUAACUAAGAAUACAACUUUUGUGCACGUGCCAAAGACGUCUGAGGGAUUUUCCCUCCACGUGGGAGAGAAAUCAAAGGUUUUUAAAUUGGACAGUUGAAUGUAAAUUCAGUGUAAAAUAAUAUAUUGAAGUCUGCAUAUUAGUUUGACUCUAAAAUUAUUGUCAGAUAUUUCCUUUUAUUUACAGCCUUUUAUUACAUACCAGUUUAACUGGGAAGAAUUUCAUGUUGAUUCAAGUAGUGAAGGGUGAAGUUAAAGAAUAAAAAUGUUAUUGUGUUUA